AUGGGUCGUAAACUGUUGAAAGAUUUGACGGAAGAAGAAAAAUUAGAACGUGUAGCACGUCGAAAGGAGCAAUUGAAAAAAGCGAAAUUAACAUAUAACGCAAAAUUGACUGCGGAACAACUGAAUAAAAAACGAGAAAAGGACAGAGUUGAAAAUCAGACGGUGGAACAAGUAGAGACAAAACGAGAAAACAAUAGGAAUGAGAAUUUGACAGUGGAACAGUUGGAAAAAAAACGGGAAAACAAUCGAAAUGAGAAUUUGACGGAAGGGCAGAUCGUGAAGAAGCGAAAGCGUGCGGCUGAGUCAACGACACGGACUCGAGCAAAAAAACAAAAACUGCUGUUGGGAGCAAUGUAUGAAUCAGGGCAGAAAGUCGAGUAUAAAGAUACGGGAGACAUGACCGUCGAAUGCGGUCACUGUGGAGCUCUGUCGUUUGACGCUGAACGGUCGUCAAAAAAUAGCUGUUGUCAUGGAGGGAAAAUUUCACUCCCGCCUUUAGACAACUAUCCGGAAGAAUUGGUCAAUCUGCGUAAUGCCAAUGGUGAGAUUGGACGACAUUUUAGAGAAAAUAUUCGAGUUUACAACAAUCUGUUUGCGUUUGCGUCAUUCAAUGCGCAAAAUUGUGACAUGAAAGGUGGUGGGCCGUAUGCAAUGAGAAUUGUAGGUGAGGCACAUCUCAAAGCCACAACUUCACUCAAAGCCGCCGCAAAUAGGCAAGCCCAAUUUGGUCAAAUUUAUAUUUAUGACAGCGGUGAGGCUUUACACCAGAGAUCUAAGGAGGUUAAGCGUGAGGAUGUGUUGACGAUUAUACAGCCGAUAUUGAAUAAGAAUCCAUAUGCAGAUAAAUUUCGGACAUUGCAUGACAUUCAGGAAAAGAACCAAGACCAAGAGUAUUCUUUGUGUUUUUAUACGCGUGCAGAGGAUCACGCGCGUGUCUAUAAUAAACCGACAUGUGAUGAAUUAGCUGCCAUCAUAUCGAGCAAAGACGGUGCGAUUGAUCGUAAAAUUGAUGUGCGAGUAAAGUAA